CAGUAAAAUAAAGCAAGGAUUAUUGUUCGGAAACCUCUAGAACAUAGGAACGACGUCGAUGGAGGCGCCACCGGCGAUGGCAUCGGAGGGGGGACAGCGCGGCGCGGGGGGCAGCCACGUACGAGGAUCGCGGGCCGCUCACACACCUUACCGAUCAGCUGUGAAAAUUGUACGCGUCGCGCGCCGUUUAAUUAUAUAAUUUGUUACAAAUCAUCCGUUGGAAUAAACCAGUACCUAUAUUUCGGAAACAGCCUCAGUCAUUUCUACAGCCCAAGAAUUCUCCCUAACAAAGUGGUCCUUCGCAAGAAAGAAAAAACAACGGAGGCAGGCGUGCAGUGACGCGUGCGUGGCGAUUUUGCAGCGCAGGAAAAAACCAACGUGGCGCACACGUCUCCAAGAAAUAUAUCGACGAGAACGGAUAACUGUGGCUACGGAUCGGUAAAUAGUGUGUCGUUCCAAUUAAUCAUUGCCCUUUAUCACUUCUUAAAUUCUUCCCGCUUUGUUGGCCAUUUAAAUCUGUUCCAUUUUUUUUCCCCAUAUUUAUUAGUCAUCGCAUUCAUUUCGUUGCACAUAUUUCAAGCCUGGUUAUCGCUCAAGCCUAUUAUUGUAGGUGCAUCGCUGCAUAAUUAGUAGCAGGCAAAAUAAGAAACCUGUUUACACGGAUACGUGUUAGCUUGACCGCUAAUUCACUCAAGGUCAACAUCUGUCGCUUUGCAAUUUAUUCAACGCAGUGCUUGCUCAUUAGUUACGAAUUAACGUAAUUAUUAUUUAUUUGAAUAAUGGACUCUAAACUUAAAGAAUUAGUUAAGAAACGUGCAAGCUGUAAAGCUAAACUUACGCUUUUCAGCAAUUAUUUAAAUGUAGUCCUUUCUUGUUCACGAUUAAGUGAUUUACAAGUAACAGAACUGGAAACCCGACUUGAUAAAAUGGAUUUAUUAUACAAUGACUAUGAUAAAAUACAGGGGGAUAUCGAGCUGCUGAUGGAGGACUCCGCCGAGGCAUUGGCUGAUCGCGAAGCCUUUCAAAACCAAUACUUCUCCUUGGUGUCAUCGGCGCGCGAGGUGCGACGUCAGCAUAGCGAGCGAAGAGCCAGCGUGUUGAAAAUGUUCCGGUAUCUAGUCAUAGCGUACCUGGUAGCACUGAGCAAUGUCUCUUGCGGGAACCCCAUCACCAACGAGGUCAUUGAAGAACAUGAGCUGGUCUUCGCGAUGGUUUUAAACAGACAUGGUGAGCGGUCUCCUGAUGCUGAUGAACUAUCCCUGUCAGAUCAACAGGACCUGAUAUUGAACCUCACAUACCUUGAAGGUCCAGAGGGAUUAACUAACGUCGGAAAACGACGAGCCUACCAAAUAGGCAAAUUCUACCGUCAAAGGUACGGGUCCCAAGGUCACAAGCUGAUCUCGAACCUGUACCUCCGUGACGAGAUCCUCAUCAGGAGUACGGACAAGGAGAGGACGAAGAUGACCAUACAAGUAGCUAUGGCGGCAGCCUACCCACCAGAGCCUGAACAGCAAUGGGACGAGGGCUUGGGGAAGGUCUGGCAGCCUGUGCCGUAUACUGCUGUGCCUUUGUCUGAGGAUUAUCUCCGCUACUACUCCAACUGCCAGUACUUCAAGACGCUGAUGGCUGAAGCUAAGCGAGCUUCCUUGACCGAGGAGUUCCUUCCAUACCUGGACCUCAUACCUCUGAUACAGAACAAGACGGGAGUGGACUUCUCGACAGACCCACUGCUGUUUGAAACUCUUUAUGAUCUGUUUAGGAGUUCGAUUGGUCUCGGUCUAGACCUCCCAGACUGGGCUAAGCCAAUACUGCCUAGGCUGAGUGAAGCUGGCAGACUGGCUUACAGGCUGUAUUUCAGGACUGAUGAGAUGAAGAAGAUCGGUGGUGGAGUCCUUCUAAGCCAGUUCAUCCAAGCCGGCAACGACUUCAUAUCAGGAAAGCCAGUAUCUCAACCACUUCGGUCCAUCUCUGCCCACGACUUCAACAUAGGAGCCCUAAUGGAUGUAGCUUAUGUGCAGAAUGACAGCACCAUUCCUGAGUAUGGGGCUGUGUUCGCGUUGGAGUUAUAUAAGUCUAGGAGUACUGGGAGUUAUAGUGUGCUGCCGGUAUAUCUCCCCAAAGCUGGUGAGUCAUCAGCCCAUCUCCUCAGGAUAAAAGGCUGUGAAACUUCUAGUCACUGCGACUUCGACAAGUUCAAGGAGUUAACGAAAAACAACUUAUUACCAGAGAAAGAGUUCUACCAACUGUGUAAUAUUAAAACCGAGUUAUAGUUUAAGAAUGAAGUAUUAAAAGGUAGAAUCAUGGAGAAUGAAAUGACUAGCGGAGGUGCCAUAACGGAAAAUCGUCUAAGAAAUGAGCGCGCCAAAAUGCGGGUGAGGGACGAGGAACGUUUUCCGCGCUUAAACGCCUUUUUGGACUGUUUUUUUUUAAAUAUAAUACCAAAAAUCGUUGACAUAUUUUAGGUCUCAAAGAAUCCGAACGCCUCGUAAGUUCACUCGUAACUCAUCGGUUCGGUCAUGCCCGCCUUACGAAUUUGUCCUAGAAGAAGGAGCCUCAAUUCCCUGCCUUAUGGCAUCUCCGCUCAUUCUUUACUCCAUGGGUAGAAUUAAUUUAUACUGUUUAUUGACUAGCGUUACCCGCGAUUUUGUUUGUUUGUAUGUUUUUGUGUUGUGUGCCUGUUUGUUUCAGAACAUGGUAUAUUUGAGAGUCGAGUUUUAGCUGUGUAGUUUUUUUUGAGGAAGAGUUAAUAGGUAAAAGGUAUACAUACCAUACCUAUUUAUUUAAAAUUUAAAUAAAAUAUCAAUGCAAUAUAAAAAUAAUGUAGGUGUCUUUUAGCUACUUAGUCUAAUUUUAAUUACUACUUAAAUAUUGUGUUCUUGCACGUCAAUUUUGUUAUAAGCCAUACACAAAAAAUACUUUUUAAGUCUUAAAUAAUUUGAACUUGUUUUGAAAAACUUACGAAAUAUUAAGAAUAGCUUUGUCAAAUAAUUGUUAAUUCGACCAAGCACCCACAAACUUGAGAACGAUGUCCUAUUUCUACUGGGAUAUAAUGUUCUAAAUAAAUAUAAAAACAAAAUAGGAAUAUCUGUUUCAAAAUGAUGUAAGAUUAAAAAAAAAUACUUUCAGCAGAGUAAAAAAAACAUAAUUUAUAAGGAGUGCCUCCUACCAUCUUGAGACGAAGGCACUCUACCGACACUUCUCUAAACUUUUAUAUAACUAUGUUUCAAGUGAUUCAUUUUAUUACCAAUAGAUGGCGCUGUUACAAAAUAUAGUAAACUCUUAUACGUAGAACAACUCGAAUGAAACGGGUCUUGAAUUGUAAGCCCUAUGAAAGGGUAGCGUGAAGUUAAUAACAAUGUCUGUGAUAUUAUACGAAUAUAAACAGAAUGUUUGUACAAAUAAAUAAUAUUGUUAAGUGUG